UUUACUGUUAUGUGUUUUUACUGUAUUUUUUUUACCAACAACCUCUUACAACACAAUUCGAUAUAAAAAUGAAAGGGUUUGAUGAAGUGGAAUCUAGCAAUCCCUAUUUUAGUUUUAAAUAUAUGAAAUUAACAAAAAUAAAUAAAACACACAUGUGCUUUAACGGUCUGGUUGAAAUUAAGCGUGAGGAUAUUUCUGCUGAUAAACUAAAAAUAAAUAUUAAAGGCUAUCAAAAAUAUCCAAAUGGAUGGCAAGUAUCACCUCUUAUAUACCUAGAAAAGAAAUUUCUUUGUGAAACCUUUGAAACUGAAAAGAUGAUCGUUCCAGGUAUAAUAGCUGCAUCGAACUAUACCAAAGACAAAUGUCCACCAGCAAAGGGAGUGUAUUCAUUCACAAAUUAUAUACCUGAUCCAGAUAAACUACCCGAAAAUAUACCUGGUGAACAAUGGAAAGUCUCAAUAGAUGUAUUGAAUGAUGUUCAAAUUUUAUCAACACUUAAUACGUAUUUUAAUAUAAUACAAACACGUCCAAAUUGGUAACGUUACGAAAAAAAAUGAUUUUAGGAUGGUUUGAUUUUGGAUUACUCAACGAAUGAAGAAGAACGGUCGACACCUGAGAGAGAUUGUUAUCUCACAUCGCGAUAUUAUUCAAAUAUCUCAACUGUCUUGAAAUAAACUCUCGUAAC